AUGGCCACAGGAUGGUCUCUUGACUUUUGUCUAGUUUGUGACCGACAGGCCUUGGGAGGACUCUACUGUUCUCAAUCCUGUAGACUCGCCGAGCUAGAUCUCAUGGAGGAGGUUGUGGUGAUUGGUACUCCUGUGUCGAUCUACCCACAAAGGAUUCACACGACUGCAACAGAAAUUGCAGUCAAGUACCCUCGAGUUAGUACUGUUCAGGGCCAUAUCGGGUACUCAAUUCUACCAUCUAAUAAUACCUCUACGUCAUCACAGAUAAUCUCGUCGUUGUUUUCUCAAACCUCUCUUUCCUCACUUAAAAGCAAUUUAUCACAUGACCCUACAAUAUCUGGUCGAAUUCAAAAUCAGUUGCGUGACUAUGUAAGCUGUUUUGGCCAGGUUCGUAACUUAAAGAGAUAAUUAGCCUCAUGAAACUUCAUGAUGACUGCGAUGCUUGUGAAUUUGCACAUCCGAAUC